CACAGUUCUAGCUAAGCUAAUCUGUCAUUUGCAUCUAAUUUAGCUUUCCCUGAUCCAGCGCGUGCAUAUCGGAAUAUGGCCAUCGCCGCCGCUCUCGUGGUCUUGCUGCUGGCCGCUCCGGCUGUACACGCCGCCCAGCACGACGUCAGCUGGAGCAAUUCUGGUAACGUCGAUUACAACACCUGGUCGUCCGGUCAAACGUUCAACGUCGGUGACACUGUUGAGUUCAAGUACAACAGCUUGUUACACAGCGUGGCGGAGGUAUCGCAGAGCGACUACAACGGCUGCGACGCCAGCAACGCCAUCCAGACCUACAGCGACGGAGACACCAGCAUCACGCUCCCCGCCGCCGGCACAAGGUACUUCAUCUGUCCCACCGCCGGCCACUGCAGUGGAGGCAUGAAGGUGGCAAUCAAAGUCGCCGGCGGCGGCUCCUCCGGCGGAGGUGGUGGGUCCCCAACUACCCCAGCCACCACCACUCCCUCGGGGUCCACCACCCCAUCCGGAUCGUCUACCCCAAAUGCCGGCGGAUCAAGCAGCAACAAGGAGCCUUCGCCGGCCGGCAGCUACGGCGGCGCCGCCGCUUCCGUUCUGUACAACCUGGUGUUUGGUUCCGCGGCCGUGGUGGCGACAAUGGUUGCACUUUUGGGCUAGGAAAGAGGCAGUGCUUGUAUGUUAUUAUGUGCUUGUUUUCUUUUCUUGUGAAUUAUUAUUCUGUUCA